AUGUUUCACCUCUUGACGGAGACCUGUCUUUUUGCACCUUUGCCUAAUGAUUGCCUGUGCCAGAUGACAGGCGAGCCGAUCGUAUACAUGAAAGUGCCGCUGUUUAAGAGAGUGCUGGAACCUGCCGCUGCUGUAGCCGUAGACGAGCGCAUCCGAGCGAAACGGAAAGCUCAGGGCCCGCCUGAGGGCGGCGAGGCUCGCAAACGCAUGCGUCUCGCGGACGGCUCGGCGUCUUCGUUGCGAACCAGUUCCGCGAAUGCUUUUCGCACGGCUGCAGACGUGUCGAUCGCGCGGUCUCGUCUUUUCUACGCGCGGCCGUCAUUUGUGCCACACAAACACCACAUCAUCGUUGGCCUCCCAUCGAAGCAUAUAUUGAAUACACUAAAUCCAUCUUAUCAUAAGAAAAAUAACGCCCAUCCAUACGAGCCGCCAAACCAACGGAAGCAGAUGCAAGACGCGCGUCACUUAUCAAAAUACGUAUUUCCCCGGAUGUAUGCGCUACCUAACGCCUUCACCCUUCCUGCUUCGUCAAAUUACAAGACCUAUGUAGUUCCAAACUUCGAAGACAGAGAAGCCGAAAUCAAGUUGCAGGGGAAAUGCAAGACUCCAAAGAGGCUUGCUUCUGUGAUCGGAUACCUGGAAAAGCUGAUCUACCGGCAUGGCAAAUGCAGGUACAAGUCUCUCAGAGAUCAUACCUGUCCUUCAAAGUUGAGAGAUGAGCAACAGAAGAUGAUUGAUAGCUCCGUCAUAUUGGAAUUAGUCUCAGAGCAGUCCAUCCGCCUCAAGUCGCAACAAUCUCUGACCACUGCCAAUCGAUCGAUCGACUCCCUGGGGUGCACGAUAGUUCCCGGGGGUACCACGCAGGCCCGAGUCGACGUAAAGAGUAAACCCAGAUUUACCGAGUUCACAUGCAGCCACGUCGAGAUAUUUCGGUACGCGGUUCUUGUGACAAAAGCAGUCAUUCCGAAGGCGUUUUGGGGAUCCGACAAGAAUUUCAAGCUGGUCAUGAAUUGCGAGCCGCGGUUAACAUAUUCGAAGACCGAAGCAGAAGAGAUUCUGCGCCAACGCAAACUAGGCUUUUCUUUUGUUCGCCUGUUGCCAAAGGACACCGGUGUUCGUCCCAUCGUGAAUCUGAGAAGGAAGAGGCUUCAGCAAAAGGGAUCGCUUGCAUCAAAUCCCCAAUCCAUCAACGACAUCCUACAAGCUGCAUUUCAGAUUCUUACUUAUGAAAAGAAUGCUCAGCCGCACUUGUUGGGAUCAUCUGUUUUUGGUCCCAACGAAAUCUACGGCCAGCUCAAAGCAUACAAGUCCCGAUUAGCGUUCGAUAACCCCACUGGCAAACUGUAA